AGGGCUAUAGUAGGGACUUUGCCUAAUUAGGUCAUGUGUGUUUUCCAAUGUGCUGGUUGCAGAAUGAAUAUUUUAACCUGCUGACCCACUUAGAAGAGUUCUGGUGACUCUAGAAGCACUUGGAGAAGCUGGUUUUAAAGGAUUUAAUCUACAAGCUCGAGAAAUAGAUGGAGAUAGUCCUGUUGGUACUUUUAAAAUUACAGAUCCAAACACCAAAGGCUUGGAAUGUCAUAAUAUGACGAAUUCAGCAAUAAGUCAUGCAAAUUCAGAUGUGAAACAGAAAGUUACAACAACAUGGAUUGCUCCACAUGAUGUUGGAGAGCUUCAAUUUAUUGCAACCGUUGUUCAAAAUCUAGAGAAUUUUUGGGUUGGAAUUCAAAGCAAAACUCUCACACCUACACAUUCUGAGUCAGUUAAUGGGACAGGAAAAAGUAAAAGGAAGCUUAUGAUAGAAGUAGAAUGUAACAAGCAUGGAGGGACUUACACAACACAAGGCCGAUGCAUCAUGGUUGGACCUUCAGGUUCUUCUCAGAGCAGCUAUUCAGGCAGUCAGGGUGGAGUAGUCUACACAAUAAGCAGCAGUGGAUGUGGCCCUGGAGGUGCUGCUGGUACAUAUGGUCAACAUGCCUGCAGAGACAGUGCAUCUUCAUCCGGCAUUUCCUAUGGCCAGUCUGUCCCUUCAAGCAGCUCUGAUUCCAGUAAGAAGGUAGUGGUCGUUGCCAACAGCAACCCUUUUCCACCUGUGCGUCAUACCUUCCCCCAGAGUUUGGGAAGUUCUGCUACAAGGAUCAUAGUACAGGGUGGACAAAGACAGCAAAGCAGCAGUAGCAGCAGCACUUAUAUCACGGGCUACCAGCCUCAAGGUGGCAGCUCCUAUGGACAGGGCUACAGACCUCAAGGUGGCAGUUCCUAUGGCCAGGGUGGGCCAAGUUUCUCGGGCAGCAGCAGUUCUUAUGGCCAGGGUUCCCAAGGCAGCCAGUCCUAUGGCCAGGGCUACCAGCCUCAAGGUGGUAGUUCCUAUGGACAGGGUGGAUCUUCUUCAAGUGGCAGCAGUGGUUGUGGACAAGGUGUUUCAUAUGAUAGCAAUCCCUGCCACCAGGGUGGAUCACAGGGUGGAUCACAGGGUAGUCAGGGUGGAUCAUACUCACAAAACUAUGGUGGUAGCCAACAGACUGGAUCAUCAUCCUCACAAAAUUAUGGUAGCAACCAGGAUGGAUCCUACUCCCAAAACUAUGGUGGUGGCCAAGGUGGAUCAUCCUCCUCAGACACCUAUUAUGAUAAUCAGGAUUCACAAUAUUCCUCAGAUGAUAAUCCCAAUGCUUGUGAUGAUAAUGACACUACUUACAGUGCCAAGAGUCGGGGUUCUGGUUGUGCAAAGAAGAAAGUUCUUGUUGCCCGAGAUACAUCACAUGCUUUAAGCAGAAGAGCCUAUGAUGUACAGAAUGCAUCUUCUCCUUCAAACAGCAGCCACACUGACGUCCAGGGUGGAUCAUUUAUUGCAACCAGUGGUGGAUCAAGUAAUCAGGGUGGUUGCAUUUGUCCUGAUGGAAGCAGUGGUCAUAGACAGGGAGCCCCAGGUUAUCCACACAGCACAUAUUCUGGUAACCAGGGAGGGCCUUUCUUCUAUCCCGGAGGAUCCUAUGGACAGGGCGGCCCAGGUUCUUCCCACAGUUCUUACUCUGGUAACCAGGGAGGGUCUUCCUACUAUCCUGGUGGAUCUUACGGACAGGGAGGGUCUUCUGUUUAUGACGGUAGCAGUGAAUCCUAUGGUCAGGGUGGAUCUUCCGCAUAUAGUGGUGCUGAGUCCUAUGGCCAGGAUUCGCCUUCCAUAGGAGGCAGUGAAACUGCUGAGAGUGAUUCCUCCUCACCAGCUGGUAGCCGCCAGAGUGAACGGGAUUUUUAUUCCCCAGGAGGCAGCCAGUCAGGUGGACAUGGAUCAUCUUCUCAAGGUGGUGGCUACUCGAGUGGACAGGACUCAUCAUCAUCUGGAAGCAACCAGUAUGGUGGACAGGGUUCAUCUUCUUCAGGAGGCAGCCAGCCUGGUGGACAGGGUGCAUGUGAUUGUUCUGGGGGAAGUUCUGGUGGAUCCCCUACCUUAGUCAGAAGUGAUGCCUCUGCAAAUGACUCAUCUUCUUCUGGAGGCAGCCAGUACAGCAGCCAAGAUUCAUAUUCCUCAGGAGCUAGCCAGUAUGGAGGACAUGGGCCAUCUUCUUAUGGAGGCAGCCAAUAUGGUGGACAAGGUUCACCUUCCUCAGGAGGCAGCCAAUAUGGUGGACAGGGUUCACCUUCUUCAGGAGGCAGCCAGUAUGGAGGGCAGGGUCCAUAUUUCCCAGGUGGCAGCCAUUAUGGAGGACAGGGUGUGGCUUCUUCAGGAAGCAGCCAGUACAGUGGACAGGGCUUUUCUUCAGGAGUCAGACAGUCUGGUGGACAGGGUGGGUGUGUGUGCCCCGGUGGAGGUCCAGGCUCUUUCGGAGGAGCCAACUAUGCUGGUGGACAGGGUUCAUCAUAUUCUGGAAGCAAUCAGUAUGGUGGACAGGGAUCUUAUCCCUCAGGAAGCAGCCAGUAUGGUGGGCCGGGCUCAUAUUCUUAUGGAGGGAGACAACAUGGUAAACCAGGUUCAUCUUCCUCAGGAAGCAGUCAUCAAGGAAAGCCAGGUGGCUCUGGCUCGGGAAGCACUUAUUCUGGAAAACAGUCACCUUCCUCUGGAGGCAGUCAAGUGAGCUCUGCUGGGAAACACUCCACUCCCCAACUCCUGAUGUUAUUCAGUGUUUUGAGUGCCUUUGCUCUCUCUGCUGCCACAUCAAAAUGGUCUAUAUGAACCUCCGAAGAGCUGUUUGACAACCUAAACAUGGAUUAUAUUCCAUAUUAUUAGAUUAAUUACUUAAUGUAAGAAAAAAAAUAUCCUUAAGUCAAAUUGUCAGAUGCUACUUGGCUGUUAUGUUGCAUGUCUAGCUGAUAUGUCAUGCCUUUCAUUAGUUUACCUCUGGUUUUAGUUAUUAGUAGAUAUCAUUAGUUUUGUCAGUGUUUUAGGCAUCAUUUUAAGAGAGCAUAUUGUACCCCACCUUCAUGAUUUAUUUGUAUUUCUGACAGGGAAUGCGAUGAACUGACUGGUGUGACAAAUGAACACUUAGAAAGUAUUUGGUUAUUAACCAAAGUGGACGAGGUCAAAUAAAUCGUUAUAGAUGCGAGCUGA